AUGUCUCUAUCAAACUUCCCACCCGACGACGCAGGACCCCGUCAAAUCCGCCAAUAUCUGACAAACCACCUAAUGACCAAACACGACACAACUACAGAAUUCGCCGAGCAAAUCGCCAGUCUAUGGCAAAUAGGUCGCGGGGUCGACUUUCGUCAGACAUCCAUCAAUAUUCACAGUUUCAGCAAAAUAUUCGGAGAAACAGUGAGUCCUGCUCUCCAGCGGAGCGUGCAUGACGAAUGCUGGAAUCAAUGGCGUGCUUCGCAGCUUGGCACCCUGAGUUUGUGGUUGAUGAUAAUUUCCCUGAUAACGGCUGCUUUGGUGUUUGUUCGCACUGCUCGCCAACCUUCUAUGCAAUGGGAUGAUGUUCUUCGUCGCACUUGCUGGCCGCUUGGACCGCCAGUGUUGCUGUGUGGGGCUUUGGAGUAUGGGUACUCUCUUUUGUAUCCAGUUUAUUGUUUUACUAUGGGCUCUAUUGCGACUUUGUGUGGGUUGACUUUAUGGGCUUUCAGAUUUUAUGAUGAAAAGGAGCGGAAGGAAUCGAAGGAUAAAAAGUAG